GUUGUGUUAAGGGACAUACAUGUUCGCAUUUACUAACUGCGAACAAGUAAUUUGGUCAAAAAAAGUCAACAACCAUGUUCGCAGUUAGUAAGUGCGAACAACUUAUUUGGUUUUUUAAUUUAGACGCUUACAUUUAAAAAUAAAUUAAUUUUACUAUUAAUGUUUUUUUUUAUAAUUAAUCUUAUUCAUUUCAAAAAUUUUCUCAAUUGUCAAUUGGAAUCAGAUCCCCCUUUUUUUCCCUGAUUUAAAAUUACAACUCAGAAACUUAAUCCCUAAGCUUUGCCAACCUCUUCCGUGAUCACCGCUUAUAAAAACAUCCCACCGAGUUCCAACGAUAAUCCCUCUCAUCUCUAUCAUCCCAAUUCACAAACACAAAUUCAAAAUUUUCUUCUUUUGAGUUAAUUAUUUUUCGUUUCCUUUUCUUAAUAAUAAUAAUAAUAAUAAUAAUAAUUUGUUGAUGGAAGAACAACGAGGAUUGAAAAUGGCAGGAAUAAGGGAAGAAGACGAUUCACAUACACAACAAAACAUCUUCUACGGCAUUGAAUUUAAUCUCUUACCUGAAGGAUGUAUCUCAUCUGUUUUUUCCUUCACUACUCCUCGUGAUGCCUGUCGUUUUGCUUCCAUCUCUGCUAUCUUGAAGUCUGCUGCUGAUUCUGAUUCUGUUUGGGACCGUUUUCUGCCCUCUGAUUGCCAUCUUUUUCUUGAGAAAGCCGUUACUGCUCAAUCUCUCUUCAAUUCUCUCUCAAAAAAGCAACUUUUUAUGCGUCUUGCUGAUUUUCCACUCCUUAUCGAUGACGGUGUUAUGAGUUUUUCGUUGGAUAAAUCAACUGGGAAGAAGUGUUUUAUGAUUUCUGCAAGAAAUCUCGCCAUUACAUGGAGUGAUACACCAAGAUAUUGGGCAUGGAAUCCCGACUCUAAGUCAAGGUUUUCUGAAGUUGCAGAGCUUGUUACUGUUUGCUGGCUUGAAAUAAAAGGGAAAAUGAAAACCUCUCUACUAUCGACAAACACGGAAUAUGCUGCUUACCUUGUUUUCAAGAUGAAACCUGAAGCCUUUGGGUUUUACACCCCGGUGGAGGUUGUAGUUCAAACUGCUGCCGGGAAAGUGGAAACGCGGGAUGUCUAUUUGGUGUCUCGAGAUAGGUACCAACUCAUACCGAGGAUAGGUAUUUUAAACCAGUUCUUGGCACCCGUAACAAGGUUGCGACAAGAUGAGAGAGAAGACGAGAUCAAGCUUCCAAAUGACCGAUUAGACGAGUGGCAGGAGAUCAAAAUUGGAGAGUUUUCGACUGGUGAAGAUGAAGAUGGAGAAGUGGAGUUUUCAGUAUUGGAGGUGAAGGCUGGGAAUUGGAAAGGUGGCUUGCUUGUUGAAGGAAUUGAGAUUAGACCAAAAUAUAAGGAAAUCUAAAAAUCAAUGGCACCUGAUAUAUAUUCCUCUCAUUUUGAACUUUUUGUAAAAAGAAUGAAAGGAAAAAUUAGGUUGAAGAUUAUGACAAUCGAAGCGAAAGAUAGAAAUGAGUGGUUAAGAAGAAAAGUAUAAAUUUGUAGAUGAAAUAUGAAAGUGAGAUCAUUACUAAAAGAAAAAAGCUUUAAAUGUAAAGUACUUUAAAAUAAAAAGAAUGUAGGGUAUAUUUUUUGAUUUUUUUAAUCUCUUGAGAAAUAAUUGUUCUAUACUUGACUGUAUUUUGUGUAAUUUUUUUUUUGUUGAUUAUGAAUUUCACCUUGUUAGUAU